UAGUUUCAUCGCAAUGAAUGUAAACAUGUGAUCAUUCGUUCAAAAACAAUAACACACGUGAUCCUAGAUUUUGCAGUCAUCGGGAGAACAAAUCCUUCAUGCAAACUGCACCUACUAUCAAGAAGAAGAAGAUCCUAGAUUUGGGCAUGGUAGAUGAUACAGAAAGCAGUACAAUGUCUGUCACAAAUCCUUUUACUGCGGCAGCAUUAGGACCACAAGUCAGUAGAAUAAAUAUGCCUGGAAGAUCGACCCCAGCCAGCAUACUAGCAGAUUCGUUCUUGGCUCCUGAAAACUAUCUUUACUUACCAGAUGUACCAAGAAUAACUCCGGACAAUAAUGAUGAAGGUCUCCAGACACUAGCAAUUUUAGCUAAAGAGAACCUUCAUCGUGAAUAUUUUAAAAUAAACUCGGCUCUCCAGAAAAAAUGUGAAUAUAUGAAGCGAAGUUUAAAUAUUGAGGACCUAAAUUAUUUGAAGCCUUCAAACAAGAAAGGAAAAGGAGAAAAUUACUGCAGGAUUAUUGAAAUCAAUCAAACACAACGUUCAAACUUAUCAGAAGAGCCUGUUGUACCAGCACAUCCACCUAAUUCCUGCCCAAACUGCAGUGAGAGCAAGUUCACAACUUUAAGCUCCAAUAAUUUGUGCAUCUUUGUAACUUUAAGUGGAAGGUAUGAUCUGUAUACCCCAAUAUUUAGGUGCAAGUGCGGAUAUGUAGAUGAAGAACUUGGGAAAGCCAUGCACCAGUCUGGUUUUUAUUCAACUGGAAGAAAUAGUAGCACUUUCUACAGCAUAAAUCUAUUGGAUUCCUGGCAUUUUCUCAAGAGAAGCAGCCCUGGAACUUCUCUUCAGGCAUUAGUUAGUGCACUGGAAUUAUUUGGUGCUUCUCGAGGGCGUCAUGGUCCCAUCAAUUUUGAAACAACAAAAAGAGUCUUCUUUGAAUGGCGUUUCCAUCAGUAUGAACUUGGGAGAAUAAAAGGAGAAUUUGACAAGGGGUGCCCUGCAUGUGAUACAACACCUGUGGCUGUACAUAUUGAUGGCAACAAGAAACUGUAUCGUUACAACAAAGUUGGGAGAGGGAUCAGAAACUCAUAUUAUUCUGGUGGUAUCUUCGCUUGUGACAAAGAAGUUCAAGAUCACGUUUCCACUAUUCAGAACCUUAAAACUCAAAGUAGCCAUAUGUGUGGAGUGUCGACAUUGAAAGCUGCCAAAAAUAAACCUGUUUCAUUUAGAAGUUUGGAUGAAACUGGCAUAAGCAUGGCUUCCUGUCGACAUGGAAUUAUUCUUGCUGCAUUAAAUAUGUAUCAGGGAGAGCUCUACAGUUAUGCCCACUAUUUGCAAAUGAACCGUUUACAAAAUGUGUCCUUCAUAUGCCAGGAUAUCAUCUGUAAAUACUGGCCAUGGGCCUUAAAGAUUUCAUCAAGAGAACAGAAGUUCUCACUUAGGCAAGGAAAGCCUUUUUUAGGAGUUCUACAUGCCAAAGGACAUUCUUGGUAUUGUCAGGUUUUGUAUGGAGGGCGGUGGCAAGAAGGAAGUGGCCUGACAUCUGGGGAGGAGGCAGAGCAAGUAUUUUCCUACCUUUCAAGAUAUAACAACAACACUAAGAACAUGCUUAAAGCUGAGCGUACAGAAGAACUGACAGAGGGGGCACUCUUUUGGAAUCACAGAAAAAUUAAUGGAAUGCCUCGGGCAUUAGUUGCCAGAUUCAGAAAGGUAUUAACAUAUGAAUUGUUCUAUACAAUGAAAAUAUAGAAUUAUAUAUAAAUAUACAAUUGUUCUAUACAAUGAAUCAAGUGUAUAUACAUGUUUUUAUUUAUCUUUAAUCUUAUUAUAAGACACUAAUGGUAUUUUCUUCUCAUAGACAAAGUAAAAUUGGAUAAAAACCCACUUGUGUAUUUGGGAAAUUUAUGUAAAGAAUUACACCAAGUCUUUCACACACUCCUUGGUGCUUUGU